GGUUGCGUGCUUUAGGCUGAGGAACUGUUUUCUUGGCCAAGUGGUCAUCUUGCACUUCACUGCUUAUCUGUUUUAUGAAGUCCUCAAACGUCUACAGCAUUUGAUCACUCGGCCUGUCUUUUUAAUUGUGCUUGCCUUUGAUUUCGGAUGGAGAUGUGCAUCAUCCUCAGCUUAGCGGUUUAGAAUUUCUAGUGUUCGGCCGCGUUACAACUCGUUGUUUUAUUAAAUGUUUCCAUUUUCGAGACCAGAGGAAAUUGACGAGAUCGGCACUAGUGUGCAAAUAAAUCAGAACCUCCUUGGUAAGGGCUAGCAGUAUGGGGUUGAAGUUUUGACUAGGUUGACGCUACAGGCGCUGUAGUGUUAAUCUGAGCAGUAGUCACUGGGGCGACAGCAUACUAAUAGUACAGCCGUGGAGAACGAGAGUCUGAUUUCAUAAGUGACAGGUUAUGGGCUUAAGACACAUCUGUUACACCCUUAAGCGAAGAGGUACUUUCCCCCAGGCACUCCACCCAACUGUAACUGGGGGCUAAAAUAUGUGGGAGUAACCCUGCAAUAGGGCACCGUCUCACCCGGGGGAGGGGGGUCACAUGUUCUCAGUCCAAUUGACGUUAUGGGAGUUGAUGGAUGAGUGACUUUGCUCUGACAUGCACUUCACCUAUGAAUGAUUAUAUUUCAGUAUGACGAGGCGAUCGUUUUUUCCCCAUAGCUGAGGCCACAAGUCUCAGGCAGUUGCAAAGUACUACAAAGGCGUCGCACCCUGUUGACGUCACAGAUCUGCGCUCAACUUCGAGGCCACAUAGCCACGCCCAUCUAUUCUGGACGUGGAGCAAUCAGAACACGCCAAACGCACGCUGUGGCGAUCCUUGCGGUGGGAGGCCUGGGACGUGGACCAAUCAGAAGCUGCCCGUUGGGGUCGAGGGGGCGGGCCCCGUGAUGUCAGCUGUGACGAAAUGGCUUGCGGAACAGAGGGCCGGGAGACCCAAUGAAAUCACGCCGCGUCCUGGGCCUUGAGCUGAGAAAUCAACCGGCGAAUGCAAAGGGAAAAAAUCCAGAAAUAUAAUAUAGAGGGGAUAUGGUGAGUGUAAUCUGCACAGGGCAAUAAGAAGCCAGUGACGAACAGAGAGAGAGGCUUUAUGCACUGAAGUCGUAGUCGUUAUAGGAGGGUUUUAGUUCAUCCAUUGAAGCUGCAUCGUUCCAGCAGAGUUACAAGCAAAGACUUUUAAAAAUUACCAAGGAGGGGACCAUGGGUGGAAAGCUGACUCUCUGGGCUCUCUUCUGCCUCCUGGUGGCACACCUUCCCUCUCACACCGAUUCUGUAGCAGUUAUGUCAGUGGACCUGGGCAGUGAGUGGAUGAAGAUAGCAAUAGUCAAACCUGGUGUGCCAAUGGAGAUUGUUCUGAACAAGGAGUCCAGGAGGAAAACUCCAGUGGCCGUCUGCUUGAAGGAGAACGAGCGUGUGUUUGGGGACGGGGCGCUGGGAGUGUCUGUGAAGAACCCCAGGCAGGUCUACCGGUAUCUCCAAGACCUGCUGGGAAAGAGGCUCGAUAACCCCCAAGUGGCGCUGUAUCGGAAACGCUUCCCCGAGCACCAGCUGGAGGAGGACAAGAGCCGGGGAACGGUGCUUUUCCGAAACACGGAGGAGCUGAAGUACUCUCCCGAAGAGAUCCUGGGUAUGGUGUUGAACUACUCACGCAGCCUGGCUCAGGAUUUUGCAGAGCAGGCAAUCAAAGAUGUCGUGAUCACCGUCCCAGCCUUUUUCAAUCAGGCAGAGCGCAGGGCAGUCCUGCAGGCCGCACAGAUGGCUGACCUGAAGGUCCUUCAGCUUAUCAACGAUAACACGGCAGUGGCCUUGAACUACGGGGUCUUUAGAAGGAAGGACAUCAACAGCACAGCUCAGAACGUGAUGUUUUUCGACAUGGGCUCAGGCAGCACCGUGGCCACCGUUGUCACAUACCAGACCGUGAAGACCAAGGACACCGGCGUCCAGCCCCAGCUCCAGGUCCGGGGGGUGGGGUUUGACCGCACGCUGGGGGGGUUCGAGAUGGAGCUCCGCUUGCGCGACCACCUGGCCAAGCUGUUCAACGAGCAGAAGAAGACCAAGAAGGACGUGCGGGAGAACCAGAGAGCCAUGGCCAAGCUGCUGAAGGAGGCCCAGCGCCUGAAGACCGUGCUGAGCGCCAACGCUGACCACAUGUCCCAGGUUGAGGGACUGCUCGACGACAUCGAUUUCAAGGCGCGGGUGACGCGCGCGGAGUUUGAAGAGAUGUGCGCCGACCUGUUUGCACGAGUGCCGGGCCCCGUACAGCAGGCGCUGAGCGCCGCGGAGAUGUCCAUGGAUGAGAUCGAGCAGGUGAUCUUGGUAGGGGGGGCCACUCGAGUGCCCAAGGUCCAGGAGGUGCUGCUGAACGCAGUGGGCAAGGAGGAACUGGGGAAGAACAUCAACGCAGACGAGGCAGCAGCCAUGGGCGCAGUGUACCAGGCCGCUGCCCUCAGCAAGGCCUUCAAGGUCAAACCGUUCCUGGUCCGCGACGCCGCUCUCUACCCCAUCCAGGUGGAGUUCACCCGCGAGAUGGAGGAGGAAGACGGGGUGAAGAGCCUGAAGCACAACAAGCGUGUCCUGUUCCAGAGGAUGGCCCCCUACCCCCAACGCAAGGUCAUCACCUUCAACCGCUACUCUGAUGACUUCCUCUUCUACGUCAACUAUGGCGACCUCAGCUUCCUCAGUCUUGAGGACCUCAGAGUGUUUGGCUCCCUCAAUCUGACCACAGUCGCGCUCAAGGGAGUGGGCAGCAGUUUCAAGAAGCACACAGAGGCCGAGUCGAAGGGCAUUAAGGCGCAUUUCAACAUGGACGAGAGUGGCGUUCUGACACUAGACAGGGUGGAAUCGGUGUUCGAGACCAUAGUGGAGGAGAGAGAGGAAGAAUCAACUCUUACAAAACUUGGAAACACAAUCUCCAGCCUGUUCGGAGGAGGGAGCUCUGAACCCAAGGCAAAUGUAUCCGAGCCUGUCCAGGUAAAGACAGUGUUUGUGUUCUUUGCAGUGUAGCUUCACAGAACAACA